AAAAGAUCGUUCUAGGAACAGAAGCUGAGGGUCGAAGCCCUGCUGAUGAAACGAAAACUGACAAUGCCACGGAUACGAGAAAAUAUCGACUGGAGUCCUAUCUUUCAGGAAAAAAUAAAGGAUAAGGUGGUCAAUUACAAGCCUUUACCGGGACUGAACGUGAAGCAGGCGAGAAUCUUAUUGGUCGGACAGGUCGGGGCUGGAAAGUCUAGCUACUUCAAUACAAUCAAUUCUAUUUUCCGUGGACGUGUGAGCGCUCAAGCAAACGCAGGAACUGCUGAACACAGUUUAACGACGUCAUACCGGAUGUAUCAAUUACGAGAUGGAUAUGCUGGAAAACCUCUCCACCUCCGGUUAUGCGACUCACGUGGUCUGGAACAGGACCAAGGGCUUGAUGACCAGGAAGUCGGUUAUCUGCUCGAUGGUCACGUGCCUGACCAGUACAAGUUCAAUCCGGCUCUUCCUCUGUCGCCCGAAUCAAAAGAAUUCGUGAAAAAUCCAACACUUUCCGAUCAAAUCCAUUGCGUGGCUUUCGUAAUGGAUGCUUCAUCUAUCGAUGUUCUUCAACAGAAAGUAAUGGAGCGAAUCAAGGCUAUGCAGACUCGGAUGAACCAGAGAGAUAUACCGCAGGUAGUUCUGUUGACUAACAUAGACAGAAUAUGUGAGGAGACAUCUGAUGACGUCAGUAAAGUGUUCUUCAGUGCAGCGGUGCAACAGUGUGUGGACAAGGUUGCAAUGAUGAUGGGUCUACCCAGAACACACAUACUUCCUGUUAGAAACUACUACAGCGAAACAGAGCUUGAACAAAACAUCAAUAUCCUGUCGUUAGUGAGUCUCACCCGAAUUCUCAGCUUUGUCGAUGAUUUCCUCUACAACAAACUGGACGAAAUCGAAAGUAAAUCACUUAAGCGUAACAUGAUGGAUGUCAAAUCAGUACUUGUAUUGUUCUUUGUUUUAUAUUUGUUGAUAGCAUGGGUGUUUCCAAUCCAUGGUCGCCAUUAGUAAGGUUUUGUUUAACAUUGCUCCAUCGUCCAAACUAAAAAGGAACCACGGAUAUAUCUAAGCAGCCUUUAACAAUUUAUCAAAGUUCGGACACAGACGAGGAGUCAAAUAACGCAACAGACAAAGAAAAUAAAAGUGAGUUUAGCUACGAGGACAUUACUGAACUCAUCCAUGAGAACAGGGCAUGUACAGGCCAUAACUCUCUACAAACUGGCCAAAUUAUAGUCUCAAUGGAGCCCUGUUUAGACAGAGUCCGUCGUAAAAUUAACAUGAUCAAUGCUUAACUACAUUACAUAUUGCUAUAUGUUUGCAAUGUGUAUUGAUUUUAUGUUUGUAUUUACAUGUAAUAUUUCUUACUUUUAUUGUAUCUUACCAUUUACUAAACAUUAAAGCAACAUUUAGAUUUAUUUCAAUCUCAGUGCUAAAACACAAUAACUAUCUAAUAUAUCCAUACCAUCCCAAUGAUCAACACCAUUCCAUAGAUUCAAAAGGGGAGAUAACUCCAUACCAUCCCGAUGAUCAACAACAUUCCAUAGAUUCAAAAGGGGAGAUAACUCGAUAUUUUCCCGAUGAUCAACAACAUUCCAUAGAUUAAAAUGGGGAGAUAACUCCAUACAAUCCCAAUGAUCAACAACAUUCCAUAGAUUAAAAAGGGGAGAUAACUCCAUACCAUCCCGAUGAUCAACACCAUUCCAUAGAUUAAAAAGGGGAGAUAACUCCAUACCAUCCCGAUGAUCAACACCAUUCCAUAGAUUAAAAAGGGGAGAUAACUCCAUACCGUCCCGAUGAUCAACAACAUUCCAUAGAUUUAAAAGUCUUGUUCCCUCCCUUAGUUUUCUACUCUCCUCCAGUGGGCAACUAUGUAGUAUUUUAAUUGUUAAAUUUCUAUAUCCACUGACCAUGGUACGUAUUGCUAAUCAAUGACUCGCAAAACUGCAGUACACAACCCUCGGGGUAAGAUAUUUCAAAUAAAUAAAGAACUAAAGAAUCCCCCCCCCCCCCCCCAACCCCUCGGGAUGAGAUCUCCCGUCUCGUCCCAUAAGUAGUAAUUUCAUCCCUAAAACACAUAUUCACCCCGUGAGGUAUUUGAUGAUAAUAUUUUGACCCUAUGUAAACAUUAGAUUAAAUGCGAUGAUAAUGACUGAACUUUGAGAUUAGAAACUACCACAUGAGCGAAGUUAUCUCAUAACUAUCCCGUAUAACAUCACCAAUUACGUAGGUAUAAUACUUUCCAGAUACACAAUUAUGUUUUAAAUGUGAAAUGGAAGUUUAUAUGUUGGCAAAACGCAGGUUGAAAUUUAGAUUUCCGUUUGUUUGAGAAAUGUUGUAGAUCUAGCUAGCUUAACUAUCAUAUUCUGAUAUUUUCCCUAUUAUUAUGUAAAAAAAUUCCCACAAACGCUACAGUUCUUUGGUGAAAACACAUAUUACAUACACAAACAACUAAUAACCGAUAUUAAAAUUACACAGCUUGCCCGGGUGGAAAAAAUGCAGGUUAACACGAUUUGAAAUUGUAGCGCAAGUUUUUCCAUACUGAGGAAUAGGAUGCAAGAAGUCUCCCAAAUAAUGACACCGGUCACAAUAUUUACUUUACAUUUCUUAGGAAUUUAAGCGUAAUGUUCUUUUCAAAAUACUUCGAAAGACAGCCACCUGUCCGUCUUUGGGAAUUCGGUUAAGGGAUUUUUGUUAUGGUAACUUGUUUUUAGAUGGAAUUGCAAAAUAAAGUACUUUGAAGAAAUUA